AAAUAUCUUUUUUGCCGCGACAAAUGCUAUCAUCAUCCACUCUCCUAUCAUUCGCCGGAGCCGGUGCCGGAGUUCCGGUGAGCUUUCCCGGCGAACUGGGUCAUACCGAAACCAAGUGUUCUUCAAAACCCAGAAAUGUUUUCAGCUUCUCGUGCAUAAAGGGGCUUCCUUUACGACAGCAUAACAUCAAUGGUUUGAAUUUGAAAGGAAGGAACUCACUGUUGACCUUUGCAUUCGGUAAAGAAGCUGAGGACAACUUUUUCUCGGAUAUAAGUGAAGAAACUGAUGAUAUGUAUGAUGAAUUAUUUAACAAAUAUGGAAAAGUGGUAUUUAGUAGAAAAGACCGAAAGCCUGCUAGUGCAGAGGUUGAUGAUGAUGCCGAAAGCCUAUCAUUUGCUGUGGAAAUGGCCAAGGUUGCAAGUGAUGUUAAAGCAGCAGAUAUAAGGGUCUUGUUUGUGAAGCCAAUAGUUUACUGGACUCGAUUUUUUAUCAUAGCUACCGCAUUUUCUCGUCCCCAGAUUGAUGCUAUUGGGUCCAGAAUUAGAGAUUUAGCUGAGAAGAAAUAUGGAAAAUUUCCAACCGGAGACUCAAAACCCAACUCAUGGACCCUGUUGGAUUUUGGUGAUGUUGUUGUCCACAUCUUUCUUCCCCCACAGAGAGCUUUCUACAAUUUGGAAGAAUUUUAUGGUAAUGCAACACAAAUAGAGCUGCCUUUUGAAAAUCAACCACCAUUUCGCAGUUGAGGGGGCCUUUGUUUUGUUGGGAAAUUAAAAAAAUUCAAGAUGAUGUUGAUAGUUGAUGGCCUGCUAGCUUUGAGAAGGCCAAUUAUUGCUGCCAACUUUGGUUUGUUUACAUGAGUAUGGUGUAAACAGUUCAGUGUGCUUAUCAGCACAAGACAUUGAGCUUUCUUUUAGCUGGGAUGGGAGUGGAAGGGAAAUGGAUCAGAAGUUUAUUUCUCAACUUUCACAUUUGAGUGGUAAACUGUGUAUUCAAUGGAUUUGCAUAAAGAAAGGCUCCGGGAGAAGAAGGGGGAAUUAGUAAACUAGUUCAGAGUUGUUUGAAUUCAUCAACUGGUUCUGUGAAUCUCUAUGUAUUUGGUUUAGUUUGAAAAUAUUUAUAGUUUGUCUGAAAUUUGGUUUCGAACUAUUUUAAUAUCAGGUAGUGUUUGCGAAAAUCUUGGUGUGUUUUUUUAUUUUUAUUUCAAAAAAGAAGCCUUGGAGCAAGUG